AUGGAUUUCCUGCCACCUAUAAGAAGUCGAGACAGGAUGGCUUCCUCCAGCUCUGAGCCUCUUCUGGGCCCUCACAGCAGCUGCUUCAGGCACCACUACCAUGGCGUCAAAAGAAAGUUGCGGCCCGGACGGAUUCUUGGCUUCAUCAUCAGCAUGGUGGCGGUCUGCACAUUCUGUUCAUGGAGUGCCUUGUCGCUAGUCACAGCAAUGGCCAAGGAGCUGGGGUCGUCCGCUGAGGGCUCAGCAGAGGCGGCGGUGGCCCAAAGAACUCUUCUGCAGUACGACAACUUCUCAGCCGCGCCAGAGGACAAGCCGGUGGCCAUGAAAUCAUCUGAAGUAGAAAUGAAUCACGGGGACUACCCAACAGACUACUUUAGCGUGGAGGACAGACGUCAGGGCUAUGUGUGUUUUCAUAUGUUUGGCAUGCUGUACAUGUUCAUAGCCUUAGCCAUUGUCUGCGAUGAGUUCUUUGUUCCUGCGCUCACUGUUAUCACAGAGAAGCUGCAGAUAUCUGAUGAUGUAGCAGGAGCCACAUUCAUGGCGGCAGGUGGCUCAGCCCCGGAGCUCUUCACCUCUGUCAUAGGAGUCUUCGUCUCCCACAGCAACGUUGGCAUCGGUACCAUCGUGGGCUCCGCUGUCUUCAACAUCCUGUUUGUGAUCGGGAUGUGCGCCCUGUUCUCCAAAGAGGUGUUGAACCUCACCUGGUGGCCUCUGUUCAGAGAUGUCUCGUUCUAUAUCGUUGGCUUGCUCAUGCUCAUCUAUUUCUUUCUGGAUAAUGAAAUCACGUUGGGGGAAAGUCUCAGUCUGCUGUCGUGCUACACCUGCUACGUGACAUUCAUGAAGUUUAAUGCCAAAGUAGAAUAUCUCAUCAAGGCCCUCCUGGGCAGCAACCAGGUGGACGAGCUGGAGGCGGCAUCAAAGGUCAAUGCAACUGGAGAUGACGAGAACAAGCUGAUGGCCAAACCGAGGCUGCAGAGGGAAGGCAGCUGUGCCUCUCUACACAACUCACUGAUGAGAAACAGCAUCUUCCAGCUCAUGAUACACACUCUCGACCCUCUCAGUGACGAAGGUAUGGGACGUUUCAAAGAAAAGGCAUCAAUCCUUCACAAAAUGGCCAAGCAGAAGUGUAAAGAAGAAGCUUCCUGUGCCAAUGGUGUAGGAGCCCUCUCCCAGACACAACCUCCAAAAGGUGCACAUUCUGAUAAAAACAUCCCCAACAGUUCAAAUGUUGCAGUGGAAGUCACACCACCCAUGAACGGCGUUGCUGGGGGAGAGGAGGGUGGUGAAGAAGAGGAGGAUGAAGACCAGCCUCUGAGCCUGGCCUGGCCCGACACCAACAGGAAACGGAUCACGUACCUCGUCAUAAUGCCCAUCGUCUUCCCACUGUGGCUCACACUGCCCGACGUCAGGAGAGAGACCUCAGCAAGGUUCUUCCCCGUCACUUUCCUUGGCUCCAUUAGUUGGAUUGCUUUCUUCUCCUAUCUGAUGGUUUGGUGGGCUCACCAGGUUGGAGAAACGUUCUGGAUCACAGAGGAGAUAAUGGGCCUCACAAUAUUAGCAGCCGGCACUUCGAUACCUGACCUGAUCACCAGUGUGAUUGUAGCACGAAAAGGCCUCGGUGACAUGGCCGUGUCCAGCUCGGUGGGCUCAAAUAUCUUUGAUAUCACUGUGGGUCUACCGUUCCCCUGGCUCGUCUACAACAUCCUCAACGACUUCAAGCCAGUAGAGGUGAGCAGCAACGGCUUGUUCUGCGCCAUUGUCCUCCUCUUCCUCAUGCUCCUCUUCGUCAUCAUCUCCAUUGCGGUUUGCAAUUGGAGAAUGAGCAAGUUUCUGGGCCUUUUCAUGUUCGUGCUCUACUUCGUCUUCCUCAUCGUUAGCGUCAUGCUGGAGGACAAAGUCAUCGUCUGUCCCAUCACUGUUUGA